AUGUCAGCAAUGAAGAAUAAGUUCGAUUACAAAGUUGUGAAUUCAGAUAGAAAACUUUGGUACAUCCGAUGCGUGGACAACAAGUGUAGGUGGAGUGUUCGUGCUGAGGGGUUAUCAGGAUCCACAUAUUUCAUCAUCAAAAAAUAUGUGGCGGAUCAUACAUGUGCUGCGUCAAGUAUGAAUAAUGGUGGUCGGACAGCUUCUGCAAAAACUAUUGGGAGUCUAAUAAUGCAUAGGUAUGAUGGUGUCAAAGAAGGUCCCAAAGCUAAUGAUAUCAUACAGAUUAUGAGAAUGGAACAUGGAUGCGAGAUAUCUAAAUCAUUAGCGGGGGACGCUCGUGAGUAUGCGAUUAGUCUGGUUAGAGGCAUUCCCGAGCAGAGUUUUGGAAAAAUUCUGAAAUACUUGCACAUGCUGAAAGAAGCUAAUCCAGGAACACACACCUUUUACGAAACCGAUGUUGAUGGUAAAUUCAGAUUUCUCUUUGUUUUGUUUGGGCAAUCAGUACGAGGUUUUCAUACAUCCAUGCGAAAAGUUCUUGUUGUUGAUGGGACAUUUUUGAAGAGCAAAUACAAAGGAGUAUUACUUGUUGCGACGACUUUAGAUGGAAACUCCAACUUGUAUCCAAUUGCAUUUGCGGUUGUGGACUCGGAAAAUGAUCGUUCAUGGGAUUGGUUUUUCAGACAACUAAAGGUUGUUGUUCCGGACGAGCGUGCUCUUGCCUUUGUGUCGGACAUAAAUAACUCACUUUGUAAGGGGCUUGAGAAUGUGUAUCCUCUUUCUCAACAUGGAAUUUGUAUUCACCAUUUGUUAAAUAAUGUGGUCACACAUUACAGAGGAAAAGGAGUGGUUGGAUUGAUUGCAAAAGCUUCUAAAGCUUAUAGAGUUGUUGAUUUUCAGAAGCGAUUCAAAGCUGUGUGCAAUAUUAGUCCAGCUAUUGGAAAAUAUUUAAGAGAUGCAGAUGUUACAAAGUGGGCUUGCUAUCAGUUUCAAGGAUACAGGUACGACAUCAGGACGACAAACUCGGCUGAGUCAAUAAACUCUGCUUUGUGCUCACCAAGAGAGUAUCCAGUCAUUCCUUUUUGA